AUGCCGCCCAUGCAUCUUCAAAUCGACCCCCAACAGCAGCAGCAGCAGGUCCAACAGCAAAAUCAGCAACCUCAACAGCAACCACCACCUCAAAAUCCACCGUCGCCCCAGUUGGAUCCUCAAGGAUCUCAGCAGGGCCAGCAGCAGCCGGGGCGCAAGCGUAAAAAGAAUAGUUCUGAAGAGCCCCAUGCACCUUCAGAGCCGCGUCGUCUCAGACGAUCUCAUGAGGCCUGCGCAAGAUGUAGAAGCAAGAAAAUUAAGGCAAGUCCCCAGGAAGACAGACACAGGCAGACGUUGACGCCCCGAGGCCACACUGAGCGCAUUGAACAUCAACUAGCUCAAUGUACUGCAUUGCUGCAGCGGCACAUUCCAGGUUUCUCACUCGACCAGAUUGACACGUUUGUUGCGAGGGAGGGAGUCACCAUCGAGGAGACGAGAAACCUGGUCAUUCCUACCGAUGGUGUCUUCCAGAUUGAAGCGACUGGUGCUAAACCAUACCCAGGUUUGGGUCCUGAUCCAUUUGGCGCGGCAGCGCAGGCUGCCAUGAAAGGCCCUUACUUCUACCCACCGCCAGGUUAUCCGAUGAUGGGAUAUCCACCCCCGCCGCCUAAUGCCCUACCUUUCCCUCCUCCACCACCGCCUCAGGCCCUGCGGAGCCCUCCAAUUGCCGGGCAAUACCCCAUGAAUCCAUUCCCUAUGCAGCACAUGCCGUACCCACCCCCACCCCCACCAGCGGCCUUGCGGAGUAGUGAGAACAACAUCAAAGGCCAAGAUCCUCAAUCCAAUGACAUGUCUACGACACAGGCAAUUGCGAAGACAUUUGGUGUUACCGCAGCCAUCAUGAACGAAAUCGCAGGCCCUGACAAGGAAGACCUAGCAGUGGGCUCCUCCGGACUCACUUCAGGUCGAGAUCGGGACAUCGGUGAAACGUCUGCACCUCGAGAUGCAACGAAAUGGACUUCCGUGAUCGUUCGCCGCAACUCACAGUCCGGAGGAACCCUCACUGGGAUGCUUCCCCACGCCGGUCCAGUCACCGUAUGGCUCCCUAAGAAUCGCGAAAUGCUCAAAGUGAUUGUCGACGUUUAUUUCACGCGUCUCAACGUCCAUCGUCCGGUGUUUCCGCGCAAGGACUUCGAGAAAAUUCUCAACGAUCUCUACGAAGGUUUGACGGUCGCGCAUGAUCCCGGUUUCGUUUGCAGUCUUUAUCUGAUCUUGGCUUUGGGAACAUUGAGUGAACUGAAUCAUAAGGCGGCCAAGCUCGAUGAAAGUGGUACGAUGCACCCGGGACCUCUGAAGAAACUAAUGCCUCCUGAUUGGCCUGAUCACGACGAGUUCUUCGAGAGAGCGCUGUCCGUAAAGCCGGAUCUUCGAGUCACUAUAUCAAGUUUGCAGGCCCUCAUUUUACUGCAAUGGUAUCUAUACACCGAGAGACAAGGUCGAACACUCUGGCGACUCGUUGGAAGUCUCGUCCGCCUAUCAGUAGAACUUGGACUUCAUCAUGACCCGACUCGCCAAAAAGAUACCUUCAGCGAGGAAGAAUGUGAGCUUCGCAUACGUCUAUGGGGUAUUGUGAUCAUACAUGAUCGCGGUACAUCCAUUCUCCUCGGUCGCCCACUCGGUAUAUCCCCCGACGAUUCAAGCACUCCCCAUCCCCUAGCCCUUGCUCCACCAAGACAACCGGACGUAUCAGAGCACUUCAUUCUCUCCUUCCCAAUCGCCGACAUGCAAGCAGACAUUAUCAAUUCACUGUACCGCCCGAAACGCGAGGACGUUGAAGCUGAUUGGGAAUUGCGUGUCCGUGAUGCGAAGCGCAUAAUCAAGUCUAUGCUCGAAUUUCGACGAGGCUUACCAGAGAGUUAUCGCUACUACUUUGGGGGUACUGAAGAUUGGCCGCUGGAGAAGAAAAGCCAGUUGGUUGGGCAAAUUACCGAGGACCAAGGCUUGACACUCCUGAAGCUUGGCAUAGCAAGAAUACUUUUGUUGAGGGCCCUGUUUACUCUCAAUGAUUUACCAUUCCAUUACCAAGACCUUGCUCUCAAAGAUGCUGUGGUCACCGCUCAUAACAUCAUCGUAAUCCAUAACCAACUAAUCCGCUUCCCCGAUAUCGCCUUCUUUACCUCCCCUAUUCCCUUACAUAUCGCUGCCAUGAUCAUCCUCUAUGGUCAUCUGUCCAAAUGCAAACGUCUUUCCAAGGAAGUCGCGCUGGAAGAUAUGGCUCUUGCCCUCUCGCAGCUUCCUAGGUUCCGUUGGCGCUGGGAACGCAAGGAUUUCGCUGGGGAACACCCUCUUAUUGCCAAGCUCGCUGAACGUGUAAUGGAAGUCAACCUGAACACCGUCCGCCCUCCCGCCCACCCUGUCCUUAUCCCGGAAAUGAUGUGGGAGGAGCAACUUGUUCCAAAGUCUCAACAAACUACGCCCACGCUCAUGGCGACUCCAUACCCCGUUUCUGCUACUACCCCGUCUAACCCUCAUGCUGUCUAUGGACCCCAGCAGCAAGCGCCAGCGCCAGCAAACGGCCCGUCGCCUCAUAGCGAAAGUAGGACCGCUUCUACCGCUGGCACUCCACCUGAUACGAAGAUGGUGGAGAUGCCGUCUUCUUUGUUCUACCCCUUCUUCCCUGACAUGCAAGUUCGUCCCCCUGGUGCCGGACCCGAGAAUGCAAAUGGCCAGCCAGCGCAAGGACCUCAGCCUCACCACGACUACCAACAAUUAUUAGCCGCUGCAGCGCAUCAAUAUACAUACCAAGGCUCAGCGGACUGCUUUAUGUCGGAAGAACGGGAUCCGAACCACACCCAACCUACCUCUAUGGUGUGGGUUGCUGGCGCACCACCAAAUCACCGUGCACCCGUGCACUACCCUAUGCCUCCUCAGCCUUGA